GCCCUGACCGCCCCCACAGUCUACCUGCAGCACAUCGAGGCCGUCCGCGAGGGCCACCAGUCCGAGGGCCUGCGGCGCUACGGGGCCGCCUACGAGCCCGAGCGCUGCCUCACGAUCGCCUUCAAGGGCCACCGCAAGAACCUGGACCUGGUGGCACCCACGGCCGCGGAGGCGCAGUGCUGGGUGCGCGGCCUGGCCAAGCUGCGCGCCAGCCUCAGCGCCAUGAGCCAGCUCGAGCGCCUCGACCACUGGAUCUACUCCUACCUACAGCGGGCAGACUCGGACCAGGACAACACCAUGAGCUUCAAGGAGAUCAAGAGCCUGCUCCGCAUGGUCAACAUGGACAUGAACGACAUGUACGCCUACCGCCUCUUCAAGGAGUGUGACCACUCCAACAACAAGCGGCUGGAGGGGCCCGAGAUCGAGGAGUUUCUGCGGCGGCUCCUGAAGCGCCCCGAGCUGGAGGAGCUUUUCCACCGGUACUCGGGCGAGGACCAGCUGCUGAGCGCCCCCGAGCUGCUGAGCUUCCUGGAGGAGCAGGGCGAGGACGGGGCCACGCUGGCGCGGGCCGAGCAGCUCAUCCAGACCUAUGAGCUCAACGAGAUAGCCAAGCAGCAUGAGCUGAUGACGCUGGAUGGCUUCAUGAUGUACCUGCUGUCGCCUGAGGGUGCGGCCCUGGACCCAGCCCACACCAGUGUGUUCCAGGACAUGCACCAGCCUCUGGCCCACUACUUCAUCUCCUCCUCCCACAAUACCUAUCUGACCACCUCUCAGAUUGAGGGGGCCAGCAGCACCGAGGCCUACGUUAGGGCCUUUGCCCAGGGGUGCCGCUGCGUGGAGCUGGACUGCUGGGAGGGCCCCGGAGGGGAACCCGUCAUCUACCACGGUCACACGCUCACCUCCAAGAUCCUCUUCCGGGACGUGAUCCAGGCCGUGCGAGACUUCGCCUUCACAGUGUCCCCUUAUCCGGUCAUCCUGUCCCUCGAGAACCACUGCGGCUUGGAGCAGCAGGCCACCAUGGCCCGCCACCUCCGCACCAUCCUGGGGGACAUGCUGGUGACGCAGGCGCUGGACUCCCGGAACCCGGAUAAGCUGCCGUCUCCAGAGCAGCUGAAGGGCAGGGUCCUGGUGAAGGGGAAGAAGCUGCCCGCCGCUCGCAGCGAGGACAAGCUGCCCCUGUCAGACCGGGAGGAGGACGAGGAUGAGGAGGGCUCCGAGGCAGAGCUUACAGACCAGAAGCGCCUGGCCAAGCAGGUCGCCCCGGAGCUGUCCGCCCUGGUUGUGUACUGCGGGGCCACCCGCCUGCAGGCCCUGCGCCCCACCCCCGCCCUGGCACAGCCCUGCCUGGUCAGCUCCCUUGGCGAGCGCAAGGCCAAGAAGCUCACCCGAGAGGCAGGGAACAGCUUCGUCAGGCACAACGCCUGCCAGCUGACCCGCGUCUACCCGCGGGGGCUGCGGGUGAACUCCGCCAACUACAACCCCCAGGAGAUGUGGAACUCGGGCUGCCAGCUGGUGGCCCUGAACUUCCAGACGCCAGGCUACGAGAUGGACCUCAACACGGGACGCUUCCUCGUCAACGGGCAGUGUGGCUACAUCCUGAAACCCGCCUGCCUCCGGCAGCCUGACACGACCUUUGACCCCGAGAACCCCGGCGCCCCCAGAACAACUCUCACCAUCCAGGUGCUGACAGCCCAGCAGCUGCCCAAGCUGAAUGCCGAGAAGCCCAGCUCCAUCGUGGACCCCCUGGUGCGCGUGGAGAUCUACGGGGUGCCCCACGACUGCGCACACAAGGAGACCACCUAUGUGCUCAACAACGGCUUCAACCCCCGCUGGGGGCAGACCCUGCAGUUCCAGCUGCGGGCUCCGGAGCUGGCGCUGGUGCGGUUCGUGGUGGAGGAUUAUGACGCCGUGUCCCCCAAUGACUUUGUGGGCCAGUUCACGCUGCCUCUCAACAGUCUGAAGCAAGGGUACCGCCACAUCCACCUGCUUUCCAAGGACGGCGCCUCCUUGUCACCUGCCACGCUCUUCGCCCACAUCAGCAUCCGGCACUCCUGA